AUGUUCAGGGACCAGCGAGCCUGGUUCUGUCGGAGCGUGGGCAAGGAUCUGCAGGAACUCUGGGUGGCCCAUGGCGGAGUAAUAUGCAACCCUCGCGAGGCCGACUUCCUGUUCAGCUGUGACGCUUCGCACCCAGACACGAUGAGAAUAUAUCAAAGCUUUGAUUACAUGGAAGAUAAUGCUACCGUGUUUCAUGCUUAUUAUCUCUCAGCAGUAGCCAAAGCUGAUAUGAAAAAAACAGUACCUUUGGGUCACUACGUCCUUCCACCUACCUGCCUACAGAAAGAAAUAAGAAAAAAAAUUGGUAGUUUUAUUUGGGAGCAGAGCAAUCAUGUAAUGACAGAGAAGCAUGAUGAGGUAAUGCAGAAGCACAGGGAAAGUACUAAAUUAUUGACAGAGCCUAAAAUGGAUCCAUCUAUAAGCACAAAAAAGCAUUUCUCAAGGACUCCGGUUACAGGAAAGCAACUAUUUUAUCCUCUUCACAAUUAUCCAGUGAAUAACAUGGUAACAGGUUAUGUCUCUAUUGAUACCAUGAAGAAAUUCCUUGGGGAACUACAUGACUUCAUUCCUGGAAGCUCAGGAUACUUGGCAUAUCAUGUUCAGAAAGAAAUCAAUGUCUUUUCUGCUGUAAAAAAUAAAUUGAAGAGAAAAUGUUAA